AUGUAAUUAUAAUAGUUGGAGAAAGCGCAAAAGCUUGGUAUAAAUAAAUAUCUCUGUAUCGAGAAGAAAACGAAAAAAGAAUAUAUUCUAACAUUAUAGGCAUCUUCUGAUUAUGAUGAUAGAAUCAGACAGCUCGAUCAUCAAAAUUUUCUAAUAAUUGUGGAUAGAUGGUAAGAAAAUGGAAUGAUGUGUAUUAUAUAAAAUAGUGAACCCUUGUAAACGAUUAACGGAGGAGGUUGUUUUGGAGAAUAAAAAAUUUUAUCCAUAAUUUUAUAACUUGCUUAAGCACUAAACAUUGCUGAGUUAAAGGGAAUAUAAGCAACAGUUACUCUCUAAAAUUUGUUACUCGAUGAAUACAAAAAUAUUAAGAUCGAUUUGUUAUCAUUAAAUGCCACCCCAUUAAAUUUUGCUUCUCCAGAGGUUUUGAGAAAAGAAUCCACUCAUUCUGGAAUUUGGAGUAUUGGUAUAAUAGGAUAUUUCCUUGCAAACAAUCGGAUGCCUUUUAAUGGUGACAAUGACAAAGUUCUUGCAUAUAACAUUAUUUAUAAAGAUCCUCAACCCACAGAUCAGAGCAAAUUCCCUAUUUUAUCUCAAAUAAUAAAAUUGAUUUUAGUUAAAAACAUUUAAAAAAGAUAUACGUACUAGUAACUCAUCAGUUAUUUAACUGAUAAAGUACACCUUAGAGAUACCCCUUCUAGUUUAAUGAUGAAUUAAUAAUUCUCAAGAACAAUUUCAAAAAAAGAAAAAAGUAUCUGUUCUUUUAAAGAAAGCAAGAUUGAAAUAAUAAAUGAAUCAGAUUCCGAAAGGAACAACUAAUCUUAGUUUUUAGAAAUUAAGCCCGUUGUACCUUAAAUUAUAACAUUAGAUACAAUAGAAAAUAUGCAUUCGGUUCAUAGACAAUUAAAAAAUAGACCCUAGUCUUCUGUUUAAAGAAUAAUUAAGGAUGAUUAAAAGGAUUUGAUGAUUCGCUUAUAAAGAAUAAGACCCAAUUCUGCUGUAGGAUUUAGUGGAAAAGAAUAUAUUUCAAAAAAUAUAAAAUAAGAAUUGAGCAAUAGAAGGAUAAUUAAAUCAUCGGUGGAACCUUAAGUAACAACUAAUACUUUCAGAAACAAUUUUAUGAAAAAGCAGUAAUUUAAAGAGGUUUCUGUAGACCUAAAAGAGGCAAAAUAAAUAAAAAAUGAACAUGUGAUAAGAGUUUAUAAUUUAGAAUAUUAAAAUGAAUAAUAAAUGGUUUCAAAAAGAAUCCAUAAACCCUUUUAGAAAGUUCUUCAAAAUCCAAAUACACCAAAAUGUUUAAAUCAAAAAGAAAAGGUGUUUUUUGAUGAAAUUUAAGAUUGGAAAUCCAAAAUGCAAUAAAAUAUGAAGUAAUAAUAAGUUAAAAAAUCAGAACCUAUGUUAAAAUUAAUAUCAUAAGAUUGA